GUCGCUAGAUGACAGCAAAUCGUUUUCCCAGCCACUCCCACACAGUGAAAUUGCACAUUUCCGCAUGUGAAAGUACACAGCGAAGUACUUUCUGCUGCAGCAGGGCUGUUAAUCUGCGUAGUUGAGAAAUUGUAAUGGCGAGGCUACUAUUAAGAUCCAAUUUUCGGGGCUUCUUUGCCACCCAAUUCAGGAUGACAUCCGACCAGCUGGGUGAGCUGGGCAAAGGAGCAGGAAAGGGAGGCGGUGGAGGAGGCUCGGUGAGGGAGGCAGGUGGUGCCUUUGGAAAGAAGCAAGCUGCAGAGGAGGAGCGUUAUUUUCGUCAGAAGGAGAAGGAGCAGUUGUCUGCCCUACGGAAGCACCAUGAAGAGGAGAUUGACCACAGCAAGAAAGAAAUUGAGCGUUUGCAGCGUGAGAUUGACCGUCACAAGGGCAAAAUCAAGAAACUGAAACAUGAUGACUAAGCUCAGUCUUCAUUCACACUGCUUACAUUAGGCCAAAUAUCACCCAUUUGCCUGAUUUUGUGUUUUUAGGCAAUUGUAUAAUAGUUACAUUCAAAACAAUAAUAAAACACUAGUUGUUUUCCAACUGG